CGCUCCUCCAACAAAGCAGGCAAAGGCAAAGGCAAACCAACCAGCAAAAAAACAAAGAGCUCGUCCAUUGAAAAGCUUUUGUCAAUAGCAUAUCGGAGUCCGACACAUCGCCUUGUUCUCUGCUGUUACCUGUUCCAACCACCAGGCUGUAACAUGGAAGGUUGCACCCUUCCAUGCUCGUACACUCCUCUCCCCCAUGAACCCCUCCCUGCAGAAUCAACUCCGGCGAGGCGCAGGCCGCCCAAGAAGGCUACCCUCGUUGUCUUUUCUGGGUUGUUGAUGCUUGGUCUAUUUUUGGCCAUUAUCAAUGGUUAUAGGGAUUCAGAUGUCCAUGCACCAUUGGAUAAGUUAACAUCAUCAAUGUCAUUUCCGUCGGAGCCCUUGCAGCCGGUGUCACGUGGGUUAUCCGCCGGCGUAUCGGAGAAGUCGAACCCGGUACUGGCCAGCGUCAAUGCGAUGUCGUUUCCAUGGAACAAUACCAUUUUGUCCUGGCAGAGGACAGCUUACCAUUUCCAGCCAGAGAAGAAUUGGAUGAAUGAUCCUAAUGGCCCUAUGUUCUACAAGGGAUGGUACCACUUUUUCUACCAGUACAAUCCUAAUGGAGCAGUGUGGGGUGACAUAGUUUGGGGGCAUGCGGUGUCCAAGGACUUGAUCCAUUGGCUUCACCUCCCUUUGGCAAUGAUGGCUGAUGAGUGGUAUGACAUAAACGGUGUUUGGACAGGGUCUGCAACACUCCUUCCUGAUGGCCAAGUUAUGAUGCUUUACACUGGAUCCACUAAUGAGUCAAUGCAGGUUCAAAAUCUUGCAUAUCCUUCCAACCUGUCUGAUCCCCUCCUCAUCAACUGGGUCAAGUACUCUGGCAACCCAGUUCUUCUCCCGCCACCGGGCAUCGAUUUGAAGGACUUCCGUGACCCAACAACGGCUUGGUACACAUCGGACGGGAAAUGGCACAUUGCCAUUGGAUCCAAGGUCAACACAACAGGCAUUACUCUGGUCUACCACACUAAGGACUUUAAGAGCUUUGAGCUUUUAGAUGGGGUGCUCCAUGCUGUCCCUGACACUGGCAUGUGGGAGUGUGUUGACUUCUAUCCUGUGUCAAAAAGUGCUGAACAAGGUUUGGACACAUCGGUUAAUGGGGCUGAAGUGAAGCACGUAUUCAAAACAAGCCUUGACAUUGAUAAGCACGAUUAUUAUGCACUUGGGACUUAUGAUGAGAAGGCUCAUGUUAAAUGGGUUCCCGAUGACCCUAAGAUUGGUAUUGGAAUUAGGUAUGACUAUGGGAUCUUUUAUGCAUCCAAAACCUUCUAUGAUGUGCGCAAGGGAAGGAGGGUGUUGUGGGGUUGGAUUGGAGAGUCCGAUAGUGAAAAUGCUGAUGUCAAGAAGGGCUGGGCAUCAGUUCAGAGUAUUCCAAGGACAGUGUUGCUUGAUACAAAGACUGGUACCAAUUUGCUUCAAUGGCCGGUGGAGGAGGUAGACAGUUUGAGACUGAGCAGCAAAGAGUUUGACAAGGUGGAGGUGAGGGCAGGAGCAGUUGUUCCACUAGAUGUUGACACAGCCACACAGUUGGACAUUGUGGCCGAGUUUGAGAUAGACAAGGAGGCUUUGGAGAGGACAAACGAAACCAAUGUGGAAUUCAUCAGCUGCAGCACCAGCGGUGGAGCUGCUGGACGCGGUGCACUGGGACCUUUUGGUCUGCUUGUUCUUGCAGAUGAGAGCCUUUCUGAGUACACUCCUGUGUAUUUCUAUGUUGCCAAAGGAGCUGAUGGCAAUCUCAAAACUUUCUUCUGUGUUGAUCAAACAAGGUCUUCGGAGGCAAGUGAUGUUAAUAAACAAGUUUAUGGGAGCUCUGUUCCGGUACUAAAAGAUGAAAAAUUAUCUGUGAGGUUACUGGUGGAUCAUUCAAUAGUUGAAAGCUUUGUUCAAGGUGGGAGGACAUGCAUCACGUCGCGUGUUUAUCCGACAAAGGCAAUCUACGAGGCUACUCGCCUAUUUCUUUUCAACAAUGCUACCGAGGCCACUGUAACUUGUUCACUCAAGAUAUGGCAAAUGAAUUCUGCGUUCAUACGCCCCUUUCACCCUGAUGAUCACCAACAUACUUAAAAAUGAAAACAACAAAAUUGCUCCUUAAUUUGUAACAUUCCUUAUCUUCUUAGCCUUAGUUUGUCCAUAGGAAUGUGCAGACCCGAUGGGUUUGAGCCUAAAUUAGCUUAAUUGGUAAAACAUUGGAUCAAAAAGGUAUGAUAAAAAUUUAGUUUUGUUUUUU